GCAUGAGGCCCCGCACCCUCGCCUCCGCCCCGGCGCUGUGGGCCUCCAUCCCCUGCCCGCGCUCCGAGCUGCGCCUCGACCUGGUCCUGCCUUCUGGCCAGUCCUUCCGGUGGCGGGAGCUGAGCCCCGCGCACUGGAGCGGCGUGCUGGCCGGCCAGGUGUGGACGCUGACCCAGACGGAGGAGCAGCUCCACUGCACGGUGUACCGCGGGCCGCGGGGCCCGGGCGGCAGGCCCACGCCGGAGGAGCUGCGGGCGGUGCGCCGGUACUUCCAGCUGGAUGUCAGCCUGGCCCGACUGUACGGCCACUGGGGCUCCGUGGACCCCCACUUUCAAGAGGUGGCUCAGAAAUUUCCAGGUGUGCGACUCCUGCGACUGGACCCCGUCGAGUGCCUUUUCUCCUUCAUCUGUUCCUCCAACAACAACAUUGCCCGCAUCACUGGCAUGAUUGAGCGGCUCUGCCAGGCCUUCGGACCUCGGCUCAUCCAGCUCGACGAUGUCGCCUACCAUGCCUUCCCCAGCCUACAGGCCCUGGCUGGGCCAGAGGCAGAGGCUCAGCUCAGGAAGAUGGGCCUGGGCUACCGCGCCCGCUACGUGAGUGCCAGCGCCCGGACCAUCCUGGAAGAACGGGGCGGGCUGCCUUGGCUGCAGCAGCUGUGCCAGGCUCCCUAUGAGGAGGCCCACCAAGCCCUCUGCACCCUGCCCGGGGUGGGCACCAAGGUGGCCGACUGCAUCUGCUUGAUGGCCCUAGACAAGCCCCAGGCCGUGCCCGUGGACGUCCAUGUGUGGCAGAUCGCCCAGCGUGACUAUAGUUGGCACCCCAGCACGACCCAGGCCAAGGGGCCGAGCCCCCAGGCCAACAAGGAGCUAGGAAACUUUUUCAGGAGCCUGUGGGGCCCUUACGCUGGCUGGGCCCAAGCGGUGCUGUUCAGUGCUGACCUGCGCCAGCCGCACCGAGCUGAGGAGCCGCCAGCAAAGCGCAGGAGAUCCAAAGGGCCAGAGGGCUAAGAGGUGGACACUGGACUAAGGCAUUACUUUCCCUCUCCAUCCCAUAUCAUGUUGGAAGGGGGCCUCCCUGCAACUACCUCAGGGGCAAGGCACCCUCAUGUCAAGCAGUUUGCACCAAGUCUGGGGCGGGGUUCUCUGCAGAGACAGAGAUACUUGUGGUUUUAGCCGCUUCCCUUUAUUACAAGAAGGAACAAUAAAAUAGAAACAUUUGUAUGGAAAAUGCAGUGGA